ACCUCCGAAAAAACGUGCGAAGGGGAAUUCCCUGCCGCUCGACAGACUAUUUCUUUGUGCUUUUGGCUUGCUCGAAUUUUAUCCAGGUGAUAGUAAAUUUUGAAAGCAAGAGCUGAGCCUGAUCUGUGAAUUUAGGAAUGCCGCUAGGUAGCUGCCAAAGUAUCAAGAUCGAUUAGGAAUGUGAGCUGAGCUAGGUUUGAGAAGAUGUCCAGCCAGGAUCACCACCCAAUUCACUCCGGAGAUAGAGGGUCUCGUCCCCAUCAAGGGGGGCGUGGCAAGAAUCAUCGUCAAAAAAAGAGGGGUCACAUGAAAGGUCAAGGGAGAACAAACGAGGGGCAGAGCGAGAUUGACGCAUUAUUCAACAAGGCGUUCACUUUUCAGAAGACUGAUGAUGCCUUGUGGAGAUUACCAUCCAAGGAUCAAUUAUUCUGCAGUGCUCCAGAAUCUAAUUCACAAACACAGGAUGGAUGGAAUAGAUGCUUGAGUGACCUGGGGUCAAGGUUGAGGUCAAUUCAGGGUGAUCUUAGUGACAAGGACAUUCUAGAAUGGCACGAUCAUACGUCAUCUACGCAUCGCGGUGGUCUGGUCAUGGCUGAACUCAAGAAGAGAUUUCAUAUUGAACUUGGUACACAGGCUUGGUGCAAGUUUCAUGAGAUACUCGCAACAAGGCACCUAAUCCCUGACUCAAACCUGAAAUCGGGAACUCUUCAUACGCUUCAUAUUUGUGAGGCCCCAGGAGCUUUCAUCGCAAGCCUCAACCACUACAUUAAAACUCACAAAGACAGGGGAAUUACACAGUGGAAGUGGCUGGGAACGAGUCUAAACCCACACUAUGAGAUGAACACACCUGACAGCACCAUAGUGGAUGAUAGACUCAUCCUCCAGACUCCUGGAUGCUGGUACUUUGGGGAGGAUGAUACGGGUGAUGUGAUGAGUGCCGCUAACUUGGCUGGGCUGGGAAGACUGGUACAGGACAAGAUGAAUGGAAUUGUCCAUAUCGUGACAGCGGAUGGAAGCGUGAACUGCCAAGACGAUCCGGAGCAUCAAGAACAACGAGUAUUCCCUCUCAUCUACUGCCAAGUCCUUACAGCACUACACAUCUUAGCUCCACAAGGGACCUUACUCAUCAAGAUGUUCACCAUGUAUAACGCCAAUACAGCUUGUCUUAUGUACCUGCUUAACUGUGCUUUCAAGCAGGUUACCGUCGUAAAGCCAGUAUGUAGUAAAGCUGGAAACUCUGAGGUGUACGUCCUGUGUAGAUCAUAUAUCGGCAGAGACAACUUGCAGCCACAGCUCCAAACACUGCUACAACAUUUCGGCCCUAAUGUUGGAAAGACUCCACUGUUCAGUCCUGCCCUUCUUCCCAGCUCCUUCGUUACUCAGCUCGAGAAAUGCAGUGAGAAGUUCACCAACCAUCAAAUGGUGGCCAUUGAAGAGAAUCUGAAGCUGUAUACCAACAAGGAUCCGUCGCCACGGCAACACAUCGACAGGGUGAGGAAGCAAUGUGUCGAGGUUUUCAUCAAUAGAUGUCGUCUACGGGUUGCUAGGAAACCGCAGAAGCUCAUGCCAAAUUAUGGAACGAAGACUUGUUCAAUGUUUUCCAGGAACAUGCGUCAUCGCCUCCAUGGUAGCUUGGAAGAAAGAGAAGAGCUAGGUCAUCGUUCAUGGAAGGAGCAGCUGCUUGCAAUCCUCAGGAGUCUCCACGAACAAGGAUCUAAGUCUGAUCUAGGGGGAUCACGUCCAAAGAGAAAGCGCAGUUCGAUCUCCGUUUCUGACCAUCAAGAUUCAAGAGAAGUUGAACGAUGUGGCACCCAUCAGACAAGCCAGACAGAAGCAAUACCACGAGGUGCCAGAGAUGGCCAUUUUGAAUCAGAGAGAGAAUUAGGAUCAGGACUUCCCAUACAGACCACUGGUCAAGAAAUGGAAGCCGUUGAUGACCAACAGAGCUCUGCCGAUUGGUGCCACGGUGACGGCAGCUAUUCUGGAAUCAGCACAAGUGCAAUACAUCAUAUAGACAUGUGUGAAAAUGAACAAGGGGUGACAGAAUCGGUCCAGGCUCUAUCUGUGCAAACGAGCAUAAAUGUGACAGGGACUGAUGGAAGCCAUUCUGGUGUCAGCAGAAGUGCAGUAGAUCAUAUGGACAUGUGUGAAAAUGAACAAGGGCUGACGGAAUCGGUCCAAACUCCAUCUACGCAAGCAAGGGUUAAUUUGGGAGGGAUUGUUGGUCAUGUUGCAGCAAUGGAGGUAGGAACUGAGGGAACAUCGGGCAAUAGUUCUUCUGUCGAACUCUCUCACCUCGAACAAUCCCAUAGUGCUUCAGUCAGUCAACUCAAUGUCUUUCAAACAGAACAAGAUAGACUCUUGAAGAGUGAACAAAGUGUAGACCUAAACCCCCCCAUCUCUACAAGACACCCUGCAGCUGGAGACUGUUACCAUGACAACUCGCUAAAAUUAUCAGAACCCAAUGGAUGUGUUAUCUGGAUCGGACAGUAUGACGGUACCAAUGAUAAAAACUGUAGUAUUUCGUCAAGUCAAGGUGAUGACUGCUAUCAUGCCGACUCACCAGAACUUAACCAAUGGGAUGGAGAUUGUGAGGAUGGAGGCAAGAAAGCGAUUCAGCAGAAUGGAGCACUUGGAGGUCAAAGGUCAACUAUGACUGAGUCUCAUAAUGGCACUGCAUCUGAAUUAUUUACAGUACAAAUUCCAUGGAUUGCAUCAGGAAAAUAUGAUCUAGAUAGUCAAGGGUUGUGGAAAAUAGUUACGGGUCACCCAUUGAGGGCAGUGUUCAUGUCACCAUUCUGUCAGAUGCAAUUGCUGAAUAAUUGGAGUAGUGUCAGGACCAAAGCUAAGAUUUUUCAACAUUCUGCUACUACUACUACACCUGAGGUCAAAGGUCAUCAUCAGUGUGACCUUUCACCUCAGGUCUUAGAGGUCAUUGAGAGGUUCAUCUCCAAGAGAGCUACAUCAAGUUCAGAUCAAGAGGCCUGGUUCUGCUCAGGAAUGGAAGGAGAGGAGAUGGAGUUACUUUGCAGGCUUGCUGCCACCCACAACGCUGUCAUUGGUAGCCACAGUGACCAUGAACCUAAACAAUGGAAACUAGAAGAUCUCCAGCACUUGCUUGAAAGGGAGGCUGAAAGGAGAUUCAAGUCCUUUUUCUUCAAGCUUCUCCCAUCAUGCAUUGCCAAUGUGAUGGAACCUACAUCUGCUGAAACCGAAAUAAAGAAGCCGUUUCUCUCUGCUUGUCUUCUCGCCAUGAAGGAAUUACUAACAGGUGGAUCCCUCCACAUAUGGGUCCCAGGUCUCCUCACAAGGUUCUCCGCCUGCAUCAUCUAUGCUGUAUCACAGACCUUUGAUUGUUUGACCCUAGUUAGGGGUCAUCGGUCAACCGAGUUCAAACCACCUCAAGUUCUUAUCAUCUGUACUGGGUUUCAUCACAAUCCUCAGAUUGAAAAGAAUUUUCAGAGGGUGUAUGAGAGAAUGAAGGAACUGCAUGCAGAAGGCAGACAUGAUGUCUUACAAUUCAUUCCAAUGCUCAGCCUAUUCAGUCCAGACUUCGACAAGGCCAUGACAAGUUUCACUGAAAGCGUGUUAUGUGAUGACCUGCUGCAUAUUGUGGAAGCCGAGCUUGCCUUGCUUGAUCAGGAGGUCAAAGGUCAAUGUGAAGAUAUGUCUUCCGGGAUGGUAUAACUACCAUCCUUCAUUUCAUUAGUUAUGUUCACACGAUGUCGCUAAUACACUUAAGAUUGAUUUAAAGAUCUAAACUUGUAGUUUAGCCCUGUGUAGAAACACUCCAAAGUUAAAACAUGUCCUUCAUUUAUCAUCAGUUUGGUUCACAUGAUGUCGCUAAAUUUAAGAUUAAUUCGAAGAUCUAAACUUUGAUGAUAAGCUUGUAGUUUAGCCUUGUGUAGAAACACUCCUUAGUUAAAAAUGUCCUUCAUUAAUCAUUAGUUAUGUUCACACGAUGUCGCUAAACUUAAGAUCGAUUGAAAGAUCUAAACUUUGAUUAUUACAUGUACCUUGUAGUUUGGCCCUGUGUAGACACAAAGUUAGAAAUGUUUGAGUUUUGGUUGAAGAUUAAAACUACAAUAUUUCUCAUGGUUUACACUCUCUCCAUGACCGAGGUGGGGGGCACUCAAAGUUCUGAAAAACACUGUACCGAACAAACUCAAAAUUUAGUUUCCUGGUACUACUGGGAUCCUAGCGUCACUUCUGGUUCUGUUAUUUAGCUAUCGGGUGGGACUCUCUCUUCUCAGUAUGAAAGUUCAUAUGGUGUUAUAUUUAUGGGUAUAGAGUGAUACAUGUACCUGCCUUCACAGAUUAAUUAUAGGGGACCAUCUGCUUUUUAUAAUCAGGUGGGCCAAUAUUAACCAGAAUCAGAAGAAAGAAUAUUCUAUCCUUUGUUCAGGGGGGGGGGGGACAUCUAUUGAUGUAUCCCCCCCAAAAGAAAUUCCUCUGAAUUAAAGGUUUUGUGGGUCAGCACUCACUUCUGUUUGCAAGGCAUUCAUCUCCAUUUGCCACUCUCCACCCAGGUAGGAAGUAAUUCUUUAAGCGCUCGAGCAUCCGAUCAGGGUAGCCGUGCUAAAGCCCGGGUAAUAGUAUGCGUUGCUUAGGAACAUUGUAUCAAGCACUUUAUGAAUGUAUAUAAUUAUUAUUACUAUUAUAUUAAUACGUAGAAUUGAAACCCUAAACCUAAUUAACUACAUGAAGUCUGACCUUCAUGUAGAUCUCCAGGAAAAUCCAAUGGUCGCUUAUAAUAUUGGUUGACUCUGAUGGCUCCGUUGCAGAGUGCUCAGUUGUUGUGUCUAUGAUUGUCUCAGGCAGCUAUCUUGCUCGAUCUGACGGGGUAUGCUAUAUUCAGCGACCGGCAUUUGGCUGUCAAGCUUCAGAGAUCCAUACAUAUACACUCAUUCGCUCUGUGAACUAUCUUUUUAUACACAGCCUUUAAUACUAUUACAUCUCUAUCAAGCUCUAGUGAGCAAGGCAUGAUACAAUAGACCUCUAAUAUAAUGUACUCACCUGCCCAAAUGAUGCAGAAGAGCUAAAGGCUAUAAUAGAAGGGAAUGUGCAUUGUUUACAUAACAUUACUUGGAGUCAAGGGAGAGAUGUGUUCGCAUGAUAGACUUUAGUGCCUGUCACUACAAUUGUCCUAAUAAUUUGCAUCACUCUCCGCAGAGUCAAAAGAAUUGCAAGCUGUUCUUGAAUGUUCCAUAAAAAUAUAAAUGAUAGCUCUUUUCUGGUUACUUUCAAAGUCUCAUCUUUGUACAGAGUCAUAAAAUACCCCAUGUAGUUUAUAUAAGAAUGAAGAGUUUCCAGAUAUGCCAUACCGUCACCUGCAAGUACCUCUAAUCUGCCUUCUUUGCGUCGAGAAAGCAUUCCUGUCACUUAUCUGAUAAAUCCAUGCAGGCUAUCAACAAAAUUAACCAAGUCUCCCUGCAAAACGUGUUUCCCAAAGGGCAUUAAAGAAGACUGAAGGCAAAGACAAAGUAUCACAAUGGUCCUGCUUGCGAUCCUCACACUUAUGCCUCCCAUUUUCUCGUCACAGUAUCAUAUCUUUUGUCCAAUAUCAGGUGUCUCUAUCUAGAGCUCUCUGGAGAAUACCAACAAUAGCAUUAGCUCAAACCUUGAGAUUUUC